AUUCCUAGAAUUCCUAGCAUGUAUUCCUAGAUCCAAGAAUAGGCACAUUUUAAAAUAUUGCCAAGUUGCCCAUCAGUGAUAUAUGAGUGGACAUGCUUGCCCACACUGUCAUCAACAUCAGGUAGUAACCAUUUAAAAAAUCUUUACAAAUCUUAUAGAUGAAAAUAAUGUCAUUGUUUAAAUUUGAAUUUCUAACUAGUGAAGUUGUGCAUAUUUUCGUAAUGUAGACUAUAUUUCCUGUUCUAUGAAAUCCUUGUUUAUGUUCUUUUCACUCUUGGGGUGUGCACUUUCUUUCUUAUUGAUUUGUAAGAACUUUUUAUUUAUUUAGGAGAUUAGGACUUGUAAUAUAUGAUGCAGGUUUUCUCAGGUUGUGGUUAAUUCAUUGCCUUUGCUUUGAUGUUCUAUUGUUGACAGAGAAGUUUUAAACUUUUUUGGUAGCCAAAUUUAUCAGCCUUUUCCUUUGGGUUUCUAGCUUUCAUGUCAUACUUGUAAGGUCUUUCCCACUCAAAGAUUGUAGAAAUAUUCACCCCUAUUUUCCUCUGAAAUGUAAAUGGUUUAACUUCCUACUCUCCUUUGGGUGUUAAUGCUGAAGUGAGGAGGGAGAGAAGAUUCCAGCCAUAUUCUGUAACAGUGGCCAAGAGCCCUGCUUUGGGAAACUGAGGACAACUGAGUGUGAGUACAAACCAAUGACUUUGGGCAAGUUACACUCUCAGUGUCUCUGUUCCCUCUUCUGUGAAAUGGGAAAAACCACAGAAUGUGCUUGUAAGUGUGUGGUGAGAAGUCAUUAAGAUGAUGUGUGUAAAGCAAAGAGCACAGUGCCAGGGGCAAUGUAAACCCUGUGAGUUAGCUACUGUCCCGGUCUUUCUUCAGUGCUGGCCUUCAUUCUAGCACCAUUGCUGGAAGAAUCCACCUUCUCCCCACAGUUGUGAAAUGCCACCUGUUAAAGGCAACCAUCCACUAGUUUCCCAGGUGCACUGGGUUUGUGUCUGGACUCACUCUUCUGUCAGUCUCUUCUGGGCCAUUGUCUCAUCAGUGCACCUAAGGUUUGCUCACUUCUGGCCAGGGAAGUCUCCAUGCCCCUUGGAGGCCCAGGCCGUGUGCCCUCAGGAACUCCCUUCUGUCUCUCCCAUAUCCCCUCCAGGGCCAGCCCCGUCCACCCUGUGUUUUGCAUCUACUCAUAAGUUUUCCUCCAACUUUCCAAGAUGGGUGGGACCUUUUGUUAUACGCACUUUGAGAUUCAAGAAAUGGAGAGCUGGAGAGUUCCACUUAGAACUUGAAAGUAAGACCGUACUCUCAGCUCUACCACAUACCCUCUCUGAGCCCCCAGUUCCCAUCUGUGAAACAGGGACCACCAUCGCUCCCUUUUGGGGUUGUUACAAGAAUCUGGUGGGGAUGUGCACACCCUGGCAGAGUGCCUGACGCAUGGGGACACCCCAGCUUUCAGGUGACGCCGCCUGCCUGUUGGAACUUCUAGUUCUAAAUCCACACAGGCUUGCUCUACCAUGCUUCUCCCCCCCACCCCCCAAGACUGAAUAAUGCCAUGCGGAGACCUUCAGACCUCACCAAAAUCUCCAGGCCCUUCUCUGGGGACUGCACCUUCUUCAGGAUGCCCACACCAGCCAGGAAUGUGCCCCAACUGAACGCAACUGCAGCCUUCCUAAUUGCUGUUGCUAAGUAUACAUAGGACGCCCUGUACUAUGCAAGUAGCACGUCUUCAUCACCAUGGUGACCAGGCAACUUCAGUCUCCAAACACAUUCCUGUGCAGCAUGUGUCUAUCAGGGCAGAAGGGAGCCAGUGAAACUGUGAGUCUGGCAAAGGAGGGUGGCCCCACCCCCCAGUCUCUGGCUCUCAGAAUUGAGUGGCCAGUGCCCCGCCCUUUGACUGUAUAAAGCUCUUCUUCGGAAACUUUCCUUGUCGGCACCCAAGCCACACAUCUCCAUCACCUGAAACCGACUCAGGAAAAAAGGCCCCAGGAGAAGGAGACUCUACGGGGGACACCUGCGAAUCUGGGUAACUCAGAGAAUGCAGGAUUCACCAGGGCACCCUGAAGGCGCAGGCUUGGUGGUAGCAGAACAAAUCCCCGAAGCACCCGCAGAAAUCCUCUUUUGGAAGGUACUCUCCAGGAUGGAGCUAAAAGCAAAAUGUAGGUGCCUCAAGAGCCUCUUGCUUCUAGGGAAAUCGUGAGACAAACAGUUCCUGCUUACGGCUCUUGAGCUCCUGCCAAUUGAAUCAGAAUCUUGGGGGUGGGGGUGAGCAUCGAUGGGUGUUUUCUCCAGGUGAUGGUCAAGAGCCCUGAUGGGAACUCCAGGUGAGGCUGCGAGGAUUAUCACACGCUUGAGGGAAGCUGCCAGAACUGGGAGUCUUUUUGAGGGGCAGCAAGGAGGCUGCAACCUGGAGCCCAGCAAGAUCGUUUGUGAAUGUGCUCCUGAUACUGAGAAGGCCUGUAGGGCCAGCGUCCCUGCGAAGCAGAAGGGGAGUCAGGUUUUGGGGGUGGAGGUGAAGUUCUGCUAAGAACCGAGAUUGGUCUUGGGCAGUCGUGUCCCUUGCUCUGGGCUCUGCACUUCGGGGCACCCUGCCCUCACCAGGCAUCCUCAGGGGCUGAGACAACUACUUGCCCAGAGCCUGCACACUCCUUUUGAAGCCGUGCCCUUGUCACGCGGGGUUCCGAAUACCUGCCCAAGUGCCCUGAGCCUGCUUCUAGGCACGCGAGGCCUCUGCCCUGGGUCCAUCUUCCCCAGGAAGACUGUACAGAAAGCUGGGCACCUGACGGACAGCCCGAAGGCGGCCGCCUGCAAGCUGGUGUGGAGAGACUGGGCUGAACGGUCCCUACACUCAGAAGUCAUGAGGCCAUUUGUGUUUGAAUGUGGACAUGACAUUUGGAGCUGUGUCAGGAAUAUUGUGACCAUGACAGAAAGGCCAGGAGAGUCACAUAGAAGUCAACUCAGGACUCUGACAUUGCACAGCCACCAGACCAGCUACCUACCUCAGGACCUCCUGUUAGGAAAUCUACCUUAGGUUGAAGAUCAACCUGAAAGCUCUCUGUUAUCAAGAGAAGGCUUUUAAUACAGGCAGUACUGAGGGAGGGGAAAACAAGGUAUUCCAAAAGUGAAGAAGUCUGAGGGAUUUUCAAGCAGGUGGCCAAGUGAAAGGUACUUUUGGACACCCUGGGCAUGGAGAUUUAGUGUUUGUCUUUGGUAACCGUUUCAUUCCCUGCAUCGUGCACCUUCCCUCCUUCUGUGCCUGUAAGGUUUGUUGGGCUUCCUCCCUAGCCAGAGAGUUCUUCUGCGGUGGUGAGGCCUCCCUGGGCCACUGAUCCUGGCCGGCAUGGGGAGCACCCUGGGCUGCCACCGCUCCAUACCGCGGGACCCCUCGGAUCUAUCCCAUAGCCGCAAGUUCAGCGCGGCCUGCAACUUCAGCAACAUCCUGGUGAAUCAGGAGCGGCUCAACAUCAACACGGCCACAGAGGAGGAGCUGAUGACCCUGCCUGGUGUGACGCGUGCGGUGGCACGCAGCAUCGUGGAGUACCGCGAGUACAUUGGUGGCUUCAAAAAGGUGGAGGACCUGGCGCUGGUCAGCGGCGUGGGUGCCACCAAACUGGAGCAGGUCAAGUUUGAGAUCUGCGUGAGCAGCAAGGGCAGCUCCGCGCAGCACUCUCCCAGUUCUCUGCGGCGGGACCUGCUGGCCGAGCAGCAGCCUCACCACCUCGCCACCACUGUGCCCCUCACCCCACGGGUCAACAUCAACACGGCCACCCCUGCUCAGCUCAUGAGCAUACGAGGCCUCACGGAGAAGAUGGCUGUGAACAUCGUGGACUACCGCCGUGAGCAUGGGCCCUUCCGCAGCGUUGAGGACCUGGUGAGGAUGGGCGGUAUCAACGCCGCCUUCCUCGACAGGAUCCGGCACCAGGUGUUCGCGGAGCGGUCCAGGCCCCCCUCGACCCACACCAAUGGGGGCCUGACCUUCACCGCCAAGCCUCACCCCAGCCCAACCUCGCUGAGCCUGCAGAGUGAGGACCUGGACCUCCCGCCAGGGGGGCCCACCCAGAUUAUCUCCACUCGUCCUUCCGUGGAGGCCUUUGGAGGCACAAGGGAUGGGCGGCCGGUGCUGAGGCUGGCCACCUGGAACUUGCAGGGCUGCUCAGUGGAGAAGGCCAACAACCCCGGGGUGCGAGAAGUGGUGUGCAUGACACUCCUGGAAAACAGCAUCAAGCUUCUAGCUGUGCAAGAACUACUUGACAGAGAGGCCCUGGAAAAGUUCUGUACGGAGCUAAACCAGCCUCUCCUGCCCAACAUCCGCAAGUGGAAGCAGCCCCGGGGAUGCUGGAAGGCCGUUGUCGCCGAGAUGCCCUCCACGCCGCUCCAGAAGGGGGCUGGAUUCUCUGGAUUCCUGUGGGACUCUGCGGCCGGGGUGGAGCUGAGAGACGCCACCUCACAGGAAAGUUCACCUGGCAACGGGCAUGGGAAGCCCACGGGUCCCAGCCCGUACCUUGCGAGGUUCAAGGUGGGAAGCAAUGACUUGACCCUUGUGAACCUUCACCUGGCAUCCAUGAUCCUCCCAGGGGGCGACAAUCCAAGCAGGAAUCACAGUGACAGCCACCGCUUGGCUACCUUUGCACAGACCUUGCAGGAAACCCUGAAAGGAGAAAAAGAUAUGAUUGUUUUAGGAGAUUUUGGCCAGGGACCUGACAGCAGUGACUAUGAUAUCUUAAGGAAAGAAAAAUUCUACCACCUGGUCCCUGCACACACCUUCACCAACAUCAGCACCAAGAACCCCCAAGGCUCAAAGUCUUUGGACAACAUCUGGAUCAGUAAAAGCUUAAAGAAGGUUUUCACAGGUCACUGGGCUGUAGUGAGAGAAGGCCUCACGAACCCUUGGAUUCCAGAUAACUGGUCCUGGGGAGGAGUGGCUUCUGAGCACUGCCCCGUGCUAGCCGAAUUUUACACUGAAAAGGAUUGGAACAAGAAGGAAUGCCCUCGGAAUGGCAACGGGGUCACUUUGGAGCGAAGCGAAGCCAACAUUAAACACGAGCGAUGAUGGCACCAAAUCUGUUUUUUCACCUGUGACCCGGAAGGCCCGGGCAGGGAGUUCGCCCUUCCAGGUGAAGACGAGGACUCAGAACUUUGUCUCAGUCUUCAUCCUGACAACACUAGCACCUGGGCCUCGACCUGCCUGCCUUCUUUGUGGACAUUUUUGGACCCCUAAUGGGGGAGGGAGGUACCGGAUGGUCAAAUCGGAAGCACAGUGGGGAACUAAGAUGGCUUCUAACGUGUGGAUGCCAUCCACCUCAGCAGACUCGGGCUGGCCAGCUGCCGCCCUCGGUGGCAGCAUACAGAGGACAGUAGUGGGGCUGACAGGGCAAGAGAGGGCCGUCUCAGGCUGCCAGGCCCUGUCCGAGCAAUGCCAGAAGCUCUCCUUUCUGACCACCAGUCCAUGAUGCUCUGGCUGCAAAUUACAUAAAGCUUUUAACUGUGAUUGAGCUGAGCACUCUCCUCAAAUAUUUUGAGUGGUGAUUUUUAGUUUUGUUCUGAAAAAAAUAAACAGAGAUGAACAUGC